UUUCGCUUUCUCCGAAGCUUUUCGCAUUUUAUUCACUAGUAAAAACAAUGCCGGACGUGAAGUUAGAACUAUUUUCAGUGAAACAGAGAGUUUUCCUAGUGAAGCACUUCUACCAGAGCUUUGGAGACUACAAACUGGUCAAGAGUGAUUAUGAGACAUUCUACGGAGCACCGCAGUUUUAUCAACUCACGGACGAAGCAAUCGCAGAGCUAAUUGAACUGUUUGAGGACACUGGAAGUGUGCUAAAGUCCAUUCGAAUGAUGGCUCAGAAGGUUUCUGGCAAGGAAAUUCCCAGUCUAAUUCCUAUCACAAGUUCUAAGACUGAAGUUGGCUCAGAAGUCUCUGCGGAAGAAACUGAGAAAAGCACAACCGGUCAUAAUGAUCCUCUGGAAGAUCUGGACUGUUUUACUAAGGAGGAGUAUGAGGUUCAGGAGGCAGAUGAAGUAAUUCAUGAGGAAUAUCUGGAGGAAGCUGCAAUGAAGGAAAAACCCUCAGAAAAACCACCGAAACAGUCUGUGCAUUCUAUCCGUGCUCAGAAGAUCAGAGUGAUCCGAAUGAAUGAACUUCUAGAGGAGACAAUUGAGUACACAGAUGAUGAGGAUCAACUCCAGGAAGUGGAAUCAUCUAUUGGAGAGCCUGAAGGUAUUAUCACGUGUCUAAAGUGCGACAAGAAAUGCAAGACUCUGAAGGAGCACAAGUGCUUUCUUCUUUCCUGCACGUACUGCCGGAAGAAAUUCCCGCGAAAAGACCUCGUAAAGCACAUGAAAAGGAAUCACAACAACAGAAAGCUGCACAGCUGUGAAUUCUGUGGGAAAUUCUUCAUCCGCAAAGACGAUAUGCUGAGCCAUCGAAGGAUUCACACCAAAGAGACUCCUUUCACGUGUCGCGCGCAGGGAUGCAAUGCGAAAUUUCACUGGAGAGCAGCCCUGAAUAGGCACGAACUGCUGGUGCACAUCAAAGAGAGCACGGAAAGGUACAAAUGCAACUUCUGUCCGGCUUCUUAUCGACUCAAGGAGUACGUUGUGAGUCACAUGAAGCGAUGGCAUGACUACAAGGAGACUGAUAGUGAGACAGUGACGGAGGAGAGUUGCCAUAAGACGUGGAAUGGACCUGAAACCGCUCAGAAUUCCUCACUCAGGCCCUUCAUUUGUAGCUUUAAGGGAUGCGGCAAGUCAUUUUGCUGGCGUCAAUCCCAGAAAAGGCAUGAACAGUCUCACAAAGAGGAUAACAACGACAACAGAUUGAAGUGCGAAUAUUGCUUCUACUUCAGCUACAGCCAGAAAUUUCUAGACAAACACAUGGCGAAAGAGCACAUAAGUCCUCAUCAGGAGAUCUCAUCGCUAGGCACGUGUGACAAUUGCAAUGAAAACAUCCCGAACGGUCAAACACACUGCUGCGAUCUCGUCACUUGCUUGCACUGCCGGGAGAAGUUCUCCAAGAGCGAAAUGACGCGACAUUAUCAGAUCAAGCACGCCCAGGAAAAGCAAGUGUGCCAAGUGUGCGGCAAACGCUUCCACGACUUGCAAGCCUUUCUCAACCACCAGAAGAUCCACGAGGAUCAGCAGAGACUCUACGUGUGCAGCACCUGCGGAAAGAUCUGCCAGCGGAAGUACGAUCUGCAGAGUCACGAGAAGGUUCACAGCCAGGAUCGACCGUACACCUGCCAAAUCGAAACGUGUCGCAGGAGCUUCGCAUGGCUUCACUCACUGAGGCGCCACGAGAAGCUGCACGAGACGAAGAAUGCCAAAUUAUCAUGCAAAUUCUGCGAUAAAUUCUUUGUCACCAAGCCUCAAAUGUCGGCGCAUCUCAUGAGAAAUCAUCAGUGUGGAAAAUGCUGGGGAUUCUUUAAGACCAGAGAUGAACUGUUGAGGCAUAAAGAAACCCAUGCAGGUGAAGAAGAAGCCUCGGAAGAGCCAGAUAAUACCUGAGAUAUUUAUAGUCAUGUUUAUAUUGCUGUAGCUUAAUAUAAUGAGUUAAAAUACAAGUACAAAAAAUGUG